ACAAGUGAGGUCACUCCAACAUGGCAGAGCAAGAGAGAACCAUGAGCUUUCUUCCUUUCUUCUCUGUGGAAACAUGGAUUCUACUUAUCGCAUUUAUCUGCAUUUUUGUCAUAUAUGGCAAAUCUACUCAUGGAAUAUUUGAGAAGUUGGGGAUACCAGGUCCCAAGCCGUACAUGUACCUGGGCACUGCGGGCCGGCACCACCGAGUUUUCUACGAGGAUGAUAAACUAAGUGCUCAGAAGUAUGGGAGAGUAUGGGGAAUUUAUGAAUUCAAGAAGCCAAUCCUGGCUGUGAUGGACCCCGAGAUGCUGAAAACCAUCCUGGUGAAGGACUGCUUCACUUACUUUACCAACCGGAGGAAUAUCCGUCUGAAUGGGGAUUUAUAUGAUGCAGUGUCUGUUGUUGAGGACGAUCAUUGGAGACGGAUUCGUAACAUCCUCACACCCUUCUUCACCUCUGGCCGUUUAAAGGAGAUGUUUAACAUCAUGAAACAUCAUUCCAGCAAACUGACAGCCAGCCUUCAGUCCAAGGCGCACAAUAAUGAAGUUAUUACUGUAAAAAACUUCUUUGGACCUUACAGUAUAGAUGUGUUGGCGAGCUGUUCAUUCAGCGUGGAUGUGGACUCCAUCAACAACCCCUCAAGUCCCCUCGUCUACCAUGCCUCCAAGAUGUUCAGAUUCCCCGUGUCUGUGUUACUUCUCCAAGGGUUUUUCCCUGUACUUCUUCCUCUAUUUGAACUGAUGGGUCUCUCCAUAUUCUCCAGGACCUCUACUGCGUACUUUAAAACGGUUCUGGAUAAGAUCAGAGCAGAACGCGCUAAGAGCUCCAACCAGAAUUUUAGAGAUAUCCUUCAAAUUAUGAUCAACUCUCAGACUGCUAAGGAACCCGUUAAAGAAAAGCAGAACAAGGGUCUCACUGAUCAUGAGAUCCUAUCUCAAGCCACAAUAUUUUUGUUCGCUGGUUAUGAGACGAGUGCCACCACUCUCGUUUUCUUGGCCUAUAAUUUGGCAAGAAAUCCUGAAAUCAUGAAACGCCUGCAAGAAGAGAUAGACUGCACUUUCCCUAAUAAGGGUGCAGUCCAAUAUGAAGAUCUGGUGCAGAUGGAGUACCUAGACAGUGUUGUCAAUGAAACUCUGAGGCUUUACCCUGCAGCUGCACGUCUGGAACGAGUUGCCAAAGAAACGGUCAAGGUCGGUGGAAUCACAAUCCCAAAGGAUAUGAUUGUUAUGGUUCCAGUCUACGCUCUUCACCGAGACCCUGAGCUGUGGCCGGAGCCAGAGGAGUUCAAACCUGACAGGUUUAGUAAGCAGAACAAGCAGAGCAUCAACCCGUAUACCUACCUGCCAUUUGGGGUCGGACCAAGGAACUGUAUGGGGAUGCGAUUUGCUCUGGUGAUGAUCAAACUGGCCUUGGUGGAAGUUUUGCAGAACUACAGCUUCUGCGUCUGCGGAGAGACAGAGAUCCCUUUGACGCUGGAUCCUAUUGGCCUCGUUGGACCCCUAAAACCAAUCAGGCUGAAGGUGGUGACACGUUCAAUCACCUCAGGAAAUGUGUCCAACUAGGAUGUACUCGGAGAGAGCUGUCUCUCAAGGCUGAACUAUCUAUCUAAAUGUAUAAUUUUUGUAACUGAAAAUGCUAGUUGAAAUUUACUACUAUAAAUGUUCAAUCUCUACCAAAAGUUUGUAAUCUCACCUGAAUCAAAACAGACAGAGUUUUGAGCAAGAACAUGACUGGAAUGUAUAUGUUUUUAUAUUUAACCGUUUUGAAUAUCAAAAAACUAAUGAAUAACCUUUUGGGGUCAUUUUUGAUCCAAAUAUGUUGCCCUCCAAAUGUGUUGAAGAUUAGAUGAAACUGAAGAAGAAAAAAAAAUCAAAAUGGAGGGAAAUUGCAGAUGUCAAAAAGAUCGGCAAUGAAUAUAUUCACAUGAAUGAAUAUACUUUGUGUUAUACCUAAAUUAUCAAAAUGAUUGUAUCAUAGUUACGUGUAUCAAAACAAAUAAAUGGAGAUUUCUUUUAGAUACCAUUAACUGGUGGCUAAUAAAAAAAACCUGCCUAUGAUAAAUAUUUCUUCUCUGUUUUAGUCCGAUCUUUAGAGAAGUAUGGUACAGUGGGUACAGAAAGUAUUCAGACCCCUUUAAAUUUUUCACUCUUUGUUUCAUUGCAGCCAUUGAAAAAGUUCAUUUUUGCAUGCACUGUGAGCUGUAAGGUCUUAUAUAGACAGGUGUGUGCCUUUCCUAAUCAAGUCCAAUCAGUUUAAUUAAACACAGCUGGACUCCAAUGAAGGAGUAGAACCAUCUCAAGGAGGAUCAGAAGAAAUGGACAGCAUGUGAGUUAAAUAUGAGUGUCACAGCAAA